GCUAAUUAUUAAAAAAUAAAUAAAAAAAUGAAUGAAUAUAUUUCCUGCAUUAAAUCCAUAAACCUGUCAAACCCUCUACCAGAAAUCACCAACCAAAUUUGAUGCAAUUUUUUGAAUUGAACACCGAAAGGCUUCACCUUCCUCCACCUACCUACCACCAAAUCCAAUUUAAUGACCUUUGCAUCCCAUUAAAACCUUCCUUCUAUUCCUUUUUCCCUCUUUAUUAAUCUCUCUCUCUCUCUCUCUCUCUAUCUGUUCAUUCAUUUUUCACUCUGCAUUUUUUGUUUAUUGCCCAUAGUUUUUAUUUUCUUUACUGAUCUGCGUCUUACCCAUCUUCCAAUUUCCCACCUUUAAGCUUCUACUGUUUCAGUACAGGCCAAAUUAUAACAAGAAAAGCAAAUGGGUGGUGAAGGGAAAGUUUUUACUCUGGCUGAAGUUUCAGUGCAUAACACUCCCCAGGACUGUUGGCUAAUCAUCAAUGAAAAGGUGUAUGAUGUGACAAAGUUCUUAGAGGACCAUCCUGGAGGUGAUGAGGUUUUGUUGUCGGCAACAGGGAAGGAUGCAACUGAUGAUUUUGAGGAUGUGGGUCAUAGUGACAGUGCCAGAGACAUGAUGAAGGAAUAUUAUGUCGGAGAGAUUGAUGCCUCCACCAUCCCAAAGAAGACCAAAUACAUUCCUCCAAAACAGCCUCAUUACAAUCAGGACAAGACAUCUGAGUUCAUUAUCAAACUUCUCCAGUUUCUAGUUCCUCUUGCAAUCUUGGGUUUGGCUGUUGGCAUCCGCUUUUACACCAAGACAACCUAAGGUUCUAAGUUAGGCUGCCAAUGCUUGCUAAUUAUUUUUCUGGUAAAUUUGAGACUGCACCAAGACAACCUAAGGUUCUAAGUUAGGCUGCCAAUACUUGCUACUUAGUUUUCUGGUAAAUUUGAGACUGCAUUGUUAUCUCUAUAUAUAUUAUCCAUUGCUAGCUGGGAUGAUAUAUAAUGGAGUUUUAUGCUUGUUCCUUCCUCCUUCUAGGUUGUGAUCAUUUGUGACCUUACAACCUCCGUUUUCAGUGCAAACAAAGAUAUAGUUGAAUCUUAUGGUGUGUUUUGUGUA